UGCUGAGACGCCACCCUGCUGGGGAAUGCACCUGCCGGGGCGAGAGGUGAGGGUUAGCAGCCUGUCGUUGGCGCUGCCCGGCUGCACCAGGAAGCGGAGCCAGCAGGAGCACCUGUUUCUUGGUGGACGGUUGCUGGAGGAAGGGAAGAUAUUUUCCCCGUGAGUUCCCUUGGUAGCUCGAUCCAGUGGAAGGAAAGCCCAGGAAAGCCAUUGCUGCCAGCCAGAGAACAGUGCCGGGCUCUCACGUGUGGGCAGCGUCUGCUGCAGCAAAUCUUGCCAGACCCUGGUCUCCAUGAUGCUCACAUAGCCCACACAGCUGCGUAAAACCCUUCCAAAGACUGGAAGCGCUGCAGGAGCCUGUCCCACCCUCAGGGUUCCCCUCCUGGACGCUGUGGAUGAAGCACACAGGAAAGGAAGGACACGGCCCUUAUAGUUCCCUUAUGAUGCUGCUCUGGGUAUGCUCCACUAUGUCCUGCAGCCCUGCCUGGAGGGUGGGCUCAGCCUCAGCACAUGGGCCAUAAUUCUCCAGGUGGCACUGCUGCAGAAGGGAGCUCCAUCAGGCUUCAAAGAAUGUGACAGAGGCGUCCCUGCUUGAGAAAUGUGUCUGCCUUCGCAAUCAUUGCUGUCUUGACCUUCCACUUUGCUGUAAGGAUCUAGCCUCAUCUGUGUGACCACCCUGCCGUGCCCUCCCCACCCAGCUGCCCACCAUGCCAGAGCUGGCAGAGAUGAGCACCCCCCGCACCCCUGCAGACGCGGAUCACAUCCAGAGGAACAUCCUGGAUGAGCACGUGGAGCUCUGGUGGUUCCAGGACCCCAAGAAGUCCAUCCUGUGCUACGGGAUGGCUGUGGUGCUGAUCCUGGCUUGCGGGAUCGGUGGCAUCAUCCUGCUGUAUAGCACAAGCAGCCGCUCUGGGGAGUGGCGGCUGGCGGUGGGCACCACGCUCUGCCUCCUGGCCCUGCUUGUGCUGCUGAAGCAGCUGCUGAGCUCUGCAAUCCAGGACAUGAACUGCAUCCGCAGUCGGGAUCAGAUCGAGCUCCUGAAGAGUGGAGGAUUCUCAGACUGCUUGGUGCUGCUGCUCAGCGCCCUGGUGCUGCUUAUCUGUGGGGUCGUGCUCACCACCCUGUCCACCACGACCAUGCAGCUCAGCCCUGCCCGGCCCCUGGCCAGCAUGUUCACCAGCGGGGUUGUCCUCCUGACUGCUGGCAGUGCCAUCCUCCUCUGCCUGCUGCUCUACCUGCUCUGCACCUCCUGCCGCCGGGCUGCUCCUGGGAGCCUGGAGACUGGCGAGAUCCGUGUCUUCACCAUCUCCGGACGCCUCACUGCAAACAGGCGGCUUCCUCCCACCUCCAGCAUGGCGAACCUCAUCUGACCCAGGACACCCCUGUGUGAGCCUCACUGGAUACAACCCGUCAGCAGAGCUUGUGCUGGCCUUUCCCCAAGGAAGGACGAGUGUUCUGGGGUGCUUUGCACUUCUUUUGAAGAUGACUGGCAUUUGCAUUGCCCAGGUUGACGGUGCAGCAGGGACCUGGGUUGUCUGGACGGGCUCCGUGGCCGGGCGCGUUAGGAGCGGAGCACUGCCCUGGUUGACAUUUUAUCUCCACAAAUCCUCCUGCAACAGCUGCUGCCUGCCCGGCUGUGACCCUGUCACAGAGUUAAGGUGAGCCUGUCCUGUACCCCUGGAGACCCCAGUACUUGCUUGGUUCCUGCAGCUCCUGGGGCCGUGUCGUGCACCCUCCCAGCAGGAGAGGCUGUGACUGUGGGCAGUAUAAAACUACCCUGUGCUCCAUGCAGAGCUGCCAGCUCAGUCCCCUGUCUCAGCUGCUACCAGUGCUUUGUGCCUCUGAGCCCGUGAAGGUGGGCACACAUUGACCGUGCUGUAAUGCCCUGUGUCGUGUGCCACCUCACUCCGAGGCUGUGGGACCCCUGAGCAAAGCAGAACCUCUAGGAGCUGAGGAAUGGCAGGGAAUAUUCUGUGUGUCAGCAGGUGUGCAGUGCAAGCAAAGGGAGCUCAGGGGGCAAAUACAGCUGCAAGGGUUGCUCCCAAGAAAGCACCUGUGUGUCUGUGGGAGGGAGUGUGGGAUUUGUGAGGGAUUCUGUGUGCCAGAGCCCCAGCAUGGCUAGGCCUCACAUGAAAUGCCAUUUGUAUUUGCAAUGCCAGGAUCUCUUCCAAUAUUACCUUUCUGCAGCCCACCAUAUUUUGUGGUGUAUCGGAGGGGUGAUCAGAGGGUGUUGGUGUCAGGGCCCUGAUAGGUUCUCAGUGCUGGGCUGUAUGCUGAGGCUCUGUUACCACACCAGUGUGCUGCAGCCAUCAAGCCAUAAACAUCCAGGUGCAGUCACUGGGGGUUGGCGAUGGGAUGCCCGAAGCCCAGGGCUGGGGCUGGUCCCAGCGAGCACCGGUGCCCCGCGAGGGCGACGCGAGGGGAGAGCUGCUGCCCUCAGACAGGGGUUUCCCAAGCAGAGGCACCUCUGCUGCUGCGGGAGCGCUGCAGCUCGUCCCAGCCCCUGCGUGUUCCUCCACUGGUUCUGUCUCCCAAGUGCUGCAGCUGCUGCGAGGCAGAAAAGUUCUGCUGCUGCUGCCUGAGCCUUACCUGGAGCUCUUUUGGUGUUUUAUCUCUACAAGGUGUCUAUCACUGAGGUGCCUUUCCCAGAGGGAGACUAACAUCUCACCCCUGGGAGCUUUUCCUGUGACUUGAGGCUACCUUAUCUGUCAAAAUUUUCAGUUCCUCCAUAAGCUCACAAAUCAUUUCCCUGCUCUUCCCACAGACACAGAUUUUAACCUCCUAGUGAAGCUGCUCCUGUGCAGCCUUCAUCUUCCUGUCAGCUGCUCUCUCUCACUCAACUGAGCUGCUCUGACACAGCUGUUAUUUUUGCUCAUUAUUUACUAAGUUCCCUCUGUAAUGGAACAAGACUGAGCUAUUCUUUUUUCAUGCCUUGUAGCAAAUUUAUUUGGAAGCGGAUAGUAGCUCAUUCCCUUAGUAACAGCACAAAUCACUGUCCAUAUUACACCUGGAGGCAGUGUCGGAGUUCAGCGGCAGUGAACCCCACCAGGUAUAUGCUGGACAGUGAGGAUUUCAUCCCUUUGCAGCUCCAGACCACACCAUCCCCAAUGCACUCAGCUCACAUGGGGACACUUCUGUGUUCACCUGCUCUUGUCCUGCUCCUGCUGGCAUUCCUUCCCCAAGGCCUUGGAUAAUUUUCCCUGAAGUAUGGGAAUAUCAUUUUGGCUUAUAUUUUCUGGAUCUAUGUUUUUUCUGCAUUUUUCUCUGUCACUUUCAUGUCAUCCAUAGGUUUUAUUAAACUGCUGUUUCUUCCUCUCUCUUUAUCACUUUCCUUAAUCUGCCCAGGACUUCAGAGCGUGUUACUAAGAUCGGGUCUUUCUGUGCUAAAUCCUCUCCAAAUUCUUCCCCUCUGGGCUGUUUGACCCCAGUUCCAGCAGGGACCCCUGUGCAUAUGCAGGGAGGGACAGACCAGAGACGGACAGUUUUACACCAUCACUGUUGCUACUCCUCUGCACAUCUGUGUUGGUGCAUGUGCAGUUGUGCAAAGCUGCGCCACCUCUGCCUGCACCAGUGUUUUGGUGGUCACUCCCAGCUGCAGGUGUGGACAACCCGCAGCUGCCUGCACGCCAGCUGUUUUGCACAUCUGGGCAUUUCUGUGAAGAUGCGUGACUGUGCCCAGCUCGCAGCUCUGCACUGCCUCCAUGUCACUGUGAAUCCUCCCACCCCCCAUAGCCCAUCCGAAACGUGCCCCAAGUGCCCAUGACUUGUGCCAGAAAAGGAUGCUUGGGGGCUGUGUCAGCAGCGUAAUGAAAUAACAGGCUGUCCCAAAGAUGGCAUUUUGGGUGUCUGGCUACUCGGAUGGACAGCCUGCUCUGCCCCAGGCACUGGCUCACCUCUGCAGCAGUACUGGGUUGUUCCUUUCUCCAUCCCUGUGUUAUGUGUGAAAAUACAUAAUAAAGUGUUGUGGAAGUCGA